UGAAAACAGUGUAGGAACCGCUGUGAAAACCGCGGGUGGGAGGGAAACGAGUCAACGACAAUUUUCGUGUCAGUUGAUGUACGUGUACGUAGUAAACACAUCACGUAGUGCGAAGAUUACUGGCGUGGCUUGAACGAUGGAUGAUUAUUUGGAGAGAGAGAUAGAACUAAAUCAGAUACAUGAAGAUAUCUUGGCAAGAAGAGAAGUUCUUCUGCGCCAUUCCGAGUGGCAUCUCGGCAGCUUAGAGAAGAAAAAAAAAUCAGCAGCUGAUGAACUUAUCCUUGCAAAUGCACGUAAUCAGAGUUUGAUUGAGGAUGUGAAGAGAGUAGAAACAGAGCUCAGAAGAAAUGCAGUAAAAGGAAAUUCCCCAAAACUACAAGCAUUAAAGGCACUGAAUGCCAACGGUGAUGCUUGCAGCCAAACCUCUGAUUUCGGGGCAGGGCUUUCAGGUCAGGGCACACGUUGUGCCUCCUCCCUACUUUCAGCCUGCCAGGGUUUGUCGUGCGGUACCAGACUCAGAAAUUUACCCUUGAGUCCGGGCUCCGCUGUUGGUUUUGACUCCUUUCUUGCUGACCCACGGGUGUCCUUGGAGAGAACCGAUACUGUCAUGAGACGCACAAUCGAACACGCUCUCACUCACAUAUUUAAGUUGAAAGGAGACAGUUCGCUCGCAUCGGAUACAGCUGGUACCUCGGCAGUCCCUCAGAGUCUUCCAUCCGUAACGACUUGGUGA